AGUCACUAGCCGCCGGCCGCCGACGUCGGACAGUCGGCUUACGAGCACCCAGUGGAACCUACGUCCGAGCGACCAUAAAAACUCCCGCGAAAAUCACGCCCCAUUUACAAAGUGGAGUAUCAACUUUUUUGUGUUUCUGUGUUUUUGUGUACGUGUUCAUAUAUUUCAUAAAUACAGGAAUUAAAAACAAAGGAACAAAUCAAAAUGGGUGGGAUCUGAUGAAGCGACUCUCUCCGUAACAUGAUGAAAUGAUCAUGGAGUCUCCAGUAAGAAUAUGCAUCGGUGCAGCAUUAGUAGUUCAUCUACUACUAAUCGUCACCACAACAGUAUCUGCUAGCACAUCACCGCCUGAAGCGACUUCUACAACUAUAAAAAAUGACAGGAAUCCCAAGUUUGCUAGAGUAAGUGGCACAAACUGGUCAGCUAGAAAUAAAUCUAAGUUACCAGAUUUAUCAAUAAAUGAACUGAACCCAAAAGAUUCGACCAGUGAAGAGCAUAGCGAGAAAAAUGCUAAAUAUAAAGACAGAGGAAGGGUUAAAUUUAACAUGCAAUCCAAAUCCACGACAGAAAGCACGUUGAGAAGAGUCUCACUUUCAACAAAAGCAGCUGGAGUGAUAAUAGUGACACCAACGCCUGAAGUUAAAAAACCAGCACAAAUUAUCGAAAGUAUGCGUGCUUAUAAAAAAACUAAAAUACCGUCACUGACAGUUGUCAGUACGACAGAACAAGAUGAAUCAGAUGCAAGCGAUGAAGAUGUCACAGAGGAUGAAGACUACGAUGAUAAGGAACCGUUAAAACAGUCAUCGUUGACAAAAAUUAAAGAAAACAGCUUCUUUACUAUACCUAGUUUUGACAUAGAAGAAGAAUUUAAAUCAAAUAGUAAUCGUAAUCGCGAUAAGAAAAAUAACCAGGAUUUCAGUACUCCGUCAUUUGGGGGCUUGUCCAGUUUCUUUCCUAAAAGUGUAUACAGUUCAAAGGAGGAGCCCUAUAAACCUGACACAUAUUUCGACUUUGAUUUAGAUCUGACAACUCCUAAAAAUGAUUUCUUCGAUAAAAAAUAUCAUGAAGUAGCUUCUAGUAUUUUAGACAAUUUAGACGCAAUUAAAACUAAAACAUCACCAAAUGAAACAAAAACGGAAAAGAUUGAUAAAAAAAGUUUCGGCUUUGAGAAACCCAGUAACGAGUCCCCUAAUAAUAAGUCGUCUGUUUAUAUAAAAAAUACCAAAGAAAUACGUUAUCUAGAUAAUGACAAAGCUGGUUCCUCCAAAGGAUUGCAGGAUGUACAGGGUACGAGUAUUUAUUAUGAAAUGACCGUUUUAUCUACUGAAACUUACAACAUAACAGAUGAUCAAGAUGAAGAUGAGGAUUGUGAUAACGAUAACCAAGCAGACCCUACUACAAACUCUAACAAAAAAGUAGAGACCGUUUCAGUGAGAGUAACUUCCCCUACUGUAGAUCAUUCAACAAAGUCGAGCUUUUCUGAUUCCGAGCCAAGUCCAGUGUCAAUGUCCCCCAUAAUGGUAAACUUUUAUCCUAGUAGUACGGCGCGAUCAUCUAUUAAUUCUUUUGGACCUAUUUCUCUUAGUACUUAUAAUACUAAAUUUGUAACGGAGAGCAGUGGAAUGCCUUUCAGUACUCAGGGCAGAAAUAGGAACUAUUCAAAAAAACUUAAUCUUUUCGGUAAUAAAGAAUCGUCUAAUAGUGUAUUUCCCACUUUACAAUCAGGAAAUAAUUUCCAGUCUUCGACGAAUCAAGGGUACAGACCGCAAACAAGGAGAUUUCACUUUACCACUCCAAAAACUAAACCGAUAUGGAUGGCACCGAAAAGAAAUACCACUAGAAAUUCGAUCCCCAGAGUUCCAACCACAAUAUAUUACGAGCAUUUCGAUAUCAAAGAAAAAACUAACUCUCCAAGAGAACCCAACAGGAUUUUAACUACUCAACCUUCGGAUAUAGAUCCAGUAUUACAAAGCGAUGUCAGCGACUCAAAGAAAGUCGUUCAUUCUCAUGCGAUAUCCGAUAAUACAAUACCGUCAUUAUGGAAACGAGGUUCAACUAAGUAUUUAUCACCAACUGUUGCAACAGCUGAAAAUAAUACUGGGACGGGUGAGAUGGAGAUUCCUCCAACGUUAACAGCGUGGGCGCUGGCCAGUAUGCGUAUUCCUCCGUCGUUGGCAAGUCCUGUGGUGAACGUUACAGGAUCACCACAAAAAAAUAUUGACGAAAACGAGCUGCAGAAAGUCGGAGAAGUUACAGACAAGAAAGAAUCGUCCACAAGCUCAACAACGACGGCGACAACGAUUUAUCUUAACAACGACUUUGAAACAAAAAACAUUACAGAGAUAUAUCAAAAUAAACUUCCUUUGAAGUCGGUUUCUUCAACUAUAUCGGACACUGACGGAACUGAAACGGAAGCUAAAGAAACUGGUUCUGACUCUAACUCUGAACGAUUUCCUGCAGAAAGUGUUAUUUCUCUUCAAAGCAGCAAAGAAAUUCUCACCACUGAAGAAAUGAUUGCCGGUACAGAUUACACAACCAUAUCAGAAGAAAUAAAGACAAAAAAUGGGUUGGAGCCUUUAAUAAAUGAAAGUGAUCAAGUAACACCGAGUGAAACGAAGGAAUCUUCUAAAGUAGAAACAAUCCCUCCCCCUGAUACUACUAGGGCAACUGGUUUCGAAUCUAUUACAAAACUACCAGCUGGUAUAACCACUCCAAAAGAUGAGACAAUAGCUACUGAGGGAGACGUUGAUCAACAUCCUUCUGAUAGUGGUGUUGUAGUCACUGACUUUGAAAUAACCACAAUAAGGUUUUCAUACGUACCGACUGAACCUACAACUGAACAAUCUACACAAGCGGACAUAAGCGAUCAACAUGUUGUUUUUCCCACACGAACUAUGCCGUCGACGGCGAAAGAAACGUCCAUUACAACAUAUAGACCAAAAUUCUUUACUACUACAGAAGAUGUAGAAACCUCCACAGUUAUUAUUGAAACCACUCCUCAGCUAGAGGUUUCUUCACAGGUUGUUGAAAAUGUUACCAGAAGAGACACAACAAUUUCUACUACAACGGAAAUAACGGAAGAAAGCGAGACGACGUCAAAGAAACCGGGUUUUGUCACAACAGAGAUGAUAUUAGAAACUACUGAGAGAACAACAGAGCCUGAGAAAGAAAAUGUUACUGAAAUAAUUACUGAAACACCUAAGGAUGAAAUGCCAGUAGAGACUACGACAAUUGUGGUUACUGUUGUGACCGAAAUCAAUUCAGAAAGAACUCCUGUAACUGACACUAAUCCAACGACAGAACUAUCGUCUGACUGUGAAGCUAGUCUAACAACAGAACUUUUGUCCGACUCAGAAACGACAUCAGAAGAAAAUAGCGACAGUAACGAAGUUAUUGCCCCUCAACACAAAAAGACAUCCAUUAAACCAGAAACCACAACGACUUCCACCUCCACGACUACCACUACCACGACUACUACCGCUGCUCCUACUACUAGCACGACAACCAGACUAACACAUCAAGAAGAACAUAUAGUCGAAACGACGACAGAAGAUUUGGAUUUAAUGACGAAAUCUGUAAAUGAUUUGGAGGAUUUGACGAGUUAUGCUGGCGAUGUGACAACAGAGUCUUCUUCGAGGGUGUUGAGUGAGGAGUCAGGAUCGGGAGCAGCCAUCGCUAUCGCUGUCAGUACUAUAGGAGUCGUUGCUCUUAUACUACUAGUCGGUUUGUUGUUGGUAGUACGUCGUCGCGGUCGGCGAGGUGUUUACGCGCAGAGAUGCACACCAGUCUCCCUGGACGCCUACAGCUUAGACAGUGUCAGCGUGGGGUACAGGAAGGGCAACCAGCGACUCCGAGCCAGCAAACGGAGUUACGGAAACCCGGCCUACGAUGACGAGGUAACUUCGCAUCCGAUGCACUAUGCUGCUCUUGCUAACUUCGCGCUAGACAUAGAUUCUAUAACAGCUGAGUUCAGUGAGAUCCCGUCAGUCACGGUGCGCCCGGAGGAGGUUCCUCCUGGAUGUGAGGACAAGAACCGCUACUCGAAUGUACUUCCACUCCCGGAGACCAGGGUGCCGUUGAAGAGGAUUGACAAUGAUCCCACCACGGAGUAUAUUAAUGCUAAUUAUAUAACAGGUCCAGGUAACAUCCACCGCUACUACAUCGCUUGCCAGGCUCCUCUCGCCAACACCGUCGCGGACUUCUGGAGAAUGAUUUGGGAACAGAACUCACGGCUCAUCGUCAUGCUCACGGAAUAUAUGGAGAAUGGUGUUGAAAAGAGCUAUGAAUAUCUCCCACCAUCAGAAAUAUCGGACAACAAGAGAACCUUCGGCGACUUCCAGAUUAUAUUGAAAAAACGAGAACAACGCGAUAAAUACGCGAUAUCUAGUAUCCAACUGAUCAACAUGGUGUCGAGGACCUGGAGGGAGGUCACUCAUCUCUGGUAUUUUUGGCCGGCGAAGGGUGUCCCAGAUGAUUACGAUUCCGUUAUAGACUUCCUCUCAGAAAUGAGGAGUUACAUGAAGAUAUCACAAACAGCCAAGGAGUACGACGAAGACGGUGUGGAGGUCAUAUACGAAGACGAGAGUCGCUCGUCCUAUCAGAACUUGUCGAAGCUUCGUGAAGAGAACGGCUCCAGCAACGGAGUGAACGUGUACUCACCAGCUCGAGCCGAACAACUACAGAGGAGACAAACAACCAACGGCACGCUCGGGAGGAUGAAGACGGCCUCCGAGGUCGAAGGCGUUCGUCCGUGCGCGUGCGUGUGUGCGUCGGGCGCGGGGCGGUCGUGCGCGCUCAUAGCGGCGGAGGUGUGUUCCCGGGCGCUGGCCGGCGGCCGCGUGGACGUGCCUCGGACUGUUCGCGCCCUCAGGCAACAACGGCCUCACGCGCUCGCCAACAGACACCACUACGUGUUCCUCUAUAGGCUGCUCAGUGAGUACGGCAACAAGCUGAUGGGGGGCGGCGUGGACACCAUCUGAUGAGGAGUGCCCGCCAGGGUGGUCUCGCGUCGUAUGAUAUAAGACACUCAGUUUGUUGAGGUGCUUCGUUUAUAUAUUUUAAAGGCUUUAACUAGUUUAAUACUGUUUCGCGUUCCCACGUCAGUUCCGUCUCUCGCGUGCGGCCUCCGAAUUGGAUUAUACCAAAGCAGCUAACGAUCUCUACUGUGAAUGGUCGCUCGAUACUAACUGAUUAUACAUUAGAGUUAAGAUGUUAUGGAGCUUUGUAAGGCUUUACGUCGCCAUUAACCGACUGGCCCUCCAUCAUAUCAGUAAUUGAGAAUAUUAAAAGAUACACAUAAAAAUAUUAUUAUUAUUAUUAGAACAUUAUAUUCUAGUUAAUUGUUUGUAUAUAUAAGUAAGUCUUGCACUCUAAGUACGAGUUACCAUCCCCUCCCUAAACGAAGAGCUUCGAUGUUUGGACACUGUUAGUGUUUAGUUUUGUCGUUAACUCGUUCUAAGGCUGCCGGUGAGCGAUGCAAGGUAACGAAUAAUGAAUGUAACUGUCCCUUGACCCUCGUCCACCGAGCACCGGACAUUGACUUCGUUACCUUAACAUUCACUAUAACGACAUCUGCUGUGAUUUCUACUAACUUAUAUCUAAGUUAUCUCUACUAACAUCUAGUACGCGCCCAUCGCAAUCUCGACCCUACGCGGAUGUAGAGGCGUGCUAAUUUAGUCCGACACUUGUUUGUUUAUUUCACGUUCUAUUAUAAUUUUAUUUAUGUUAUCGUUGUAAAGAAUUAUAGUUUUAUAAGUUAUUUUAUUGUAAGCAUUUAUUAUACGAAAAUACACGCACGAUCCUGUAACAUUCUGUUGUAACGCUAUGCUAGAGUACUAGAGCUUUCAUUAUACAUAUUGUACCAAAAAUUUUUAGCGAAAUUAUGUCCUUACAGACCUACGAUUAGUUCUAAGGUAGCUGAUACGCGUAAUAAAACUUCCAUUUAUAAAA